AUGGUGGACCAUCAAACCAUCCAACCCCACUUGGACAGAAUCCAGUCAUGCACAGUAAAGCACAAAGCAGUAAGUUAUGCGCAAUACACCACACACUGUGGAUUGUUAAAUCUCUGUUAUAAAAUGUACUUUUAUUAAUUUGAGUUCUUAACAUACUUUUUGGGGGUGUAAUUACAUGUUCAGAGCAAAAACAAGAAAGUGGAGGCAUCAAUGUCUAACUUUGUGGAGCUGGUCCAAACUCUGCUUGAAGACCCAGCGAAGAGGGAACACUUUUUUCAGGUGAGAUAAUAUCAAACAUUUUACUUUUCGCAGUUGGGUAGUUCUGUGUAAUAAUCAAGCAAAAGUGUUGGAUAUGCCUAAAGAGCAAGCAGGCUGGCAUGCACCUGAAAUUGAAUGUAAUGCUGUGAUGAUGUCAAGUUGGGUACUGUGACAAAAAUCAAGAAUAUUAGUGCAAAUGGAUAAAACAAGUAUUUUAUUGAUAACAAGUGUUAUAGGCAAGACCAUUCACCUCACUGUGUAAUGGCUCUCUACAUUUUCAUUAAAGGAGGAGUUCCCAGUGUAGUACGGCACUAAGUAUGACACAGCACUGCAGAUUCUGCAGUGGGAGUUCUUCUCCAGACUGAAGGAGCUGCUGCCAGUGCCCAGCUUUACACAGGUACUGAUAUGAAUACAUCUUCAUCCUAUCCAUUCAAAUGUGAAAAAAUUGUGGUUACAGUUGUGAAUGAAUGAACCCCCUUUAAUAAAUGAAUCAAUGGACUGAACAUCAACACGUGUCCAGUGGGUAGGAGCUAGGGGUUGAUUUGGGAUUGGACUGCACUCUCCUUUUUAACUUUAAGUUUGCCUCUCUCACCCUCAGACAGCAUCUUGUCUCAGCCUUGCCUUCUCUGACCUGGAGGAGUGUGUUCAGUCUGUCUCUGACCCUGAGCACCUGGAGACACUGCUACAGCAUCAAAGACAACUGGGACACCUAAACAGAAGUAGGUAGCCUUCAGGUUAUCUGUUUCCGCUGGGGUAAAUACUUCGAUUUCUAUUGCAUUUUCCACCAAUGAAAUGUGCCUUGAUUUGCUAAAGAUGUCUUCACCUUCAAUGUUGCACAAGCUGUCAAAGGAUUCACCUCCAAGGAAUUAGUAAAUAAAAUUGGUUUGCAUUCUCCCUCUUUCCCAGAUCAUUUGUUCUACGACUCUGACACCAUCCUGUCCACUCUGUCCCUCACUUCCUUGGUAAACUUUAAACAAACUUCAAUGGAGGAUCGAGGUCGUGACACUAGGAAGAAAGAACAGGAGGGUGGAGAAGAGUGGCGACCAAAAAUCAGUUACGAUGAAACCAAUAAGGAAACUGAUGAGUGCGCUGAACGACUUGAAGAGGCUGGUGAACCCAGUUCUGGACAGCAGAAACCAGGAUCAUCAUUACAGGCUCGUCCAGUGGCCGUCGACGGUAAGGACAUUUGGAGCAGAGUACAUUACAUACGUCUGUGGACUAUUCAUGGUGAUUGCCAAACUGUGUUAUUGGUAAGUGGUUGUUAUUACUGUUUAGAACAAUAUUAAGUUAAGCUACAGUACUUUUUCCAUUAGACUAGUCAGGCUACUUUUAGCUACUGUUUCCAUUGUGGCUAUAGCUACUCCACCACCAGUGCUUUAUUGGAGCCGGAUCCUGCCAGAACAGGAACCUGUUUUCCCUGUUUCCCUAUCUCCCUCUCUCUGCUAUGAUAGACAUACGCCUGCAACUCUCUCCAGCAUUGCACUGCAUCAUGUAUUUAAAAAUGAUCUAAUAUGCCCAUUCGUUAAAAAAUGUUCUCUUAUAGAAUUCUAUUGUUAUGGUUAGAUAUGCAACAUUAUUUGCGGUUGCGUUUAUGACACGUUUUGACGUUGGCCUGGCUUCCUGAAUGUUGGCCUAGAGCGGCGGGAGUUUGAAAAAGAUAGACAGUAGCCCACUUAAGCCACAAAAUCGAAAACCAACUGAAAUCUGUUUGGGAACAUCGAUAGUAAAUUGUUUUCACAACAAAACUCAUUUCAUUAAACUGUUGAGAGCCCCUCGCUCGAGAAAGGAAUAAAGGAGAGAGGAAGGAGGCGAUGGAAACGCCUGGUAACGUGUCAUAGGCCCUUUUUUAUUACUAUUCAAAAUCAAAUACAAAUCCACUAUAAUUGUAGCCUAACUCUGUAGGCACAAUUAAUGAACCAUCAGCAUCGCAGGCCUACAUGUAUUUUUUAUUUUUUAUAAUUUAAUAUUUUUGGGGUCUCAUUUUGAUCAUCACCAUAGAGAGCGCUGUCCAUUUCAGCACCAUUGAUAGUAGCCUAUUGGCUACCCGUUUGAUUUGUCCACUACGCUGCAGAAUUGUGUUGGUUGCUUUUUUUCUAAUGCAGGUCACCCCCACCUUUUGCUCUCAAUUUUGUUCCAGCAUCUUGCGAUUUUACAAAUAGAGCACUGUCCACCACUUGUUCUACUUGGGGGUCCCGUUCGUAAAAAGGUAUUUUAAAUUGGACCUCAUUAGACAGAAAAAGGCACAUUUCCAGCUCGUUCGAAAACUGGUCUCUGAAAUUAGCACAUCUCAAUGCACUCUAGCAAAAGUUAAGCCUGUUUUUUUAUUUUGAAACAUUGUUACCCUAAAGCCAAGGAUUUAAUGGUUAAAUUAACUAAGAAAUUAAUUCAUAUGACAUGGAUUCAUUUUUAGCUCAAAUUCUAGGUAACCAAUGGGCAACUAAGAUUCCAGAUUGUAGAUUUUAACAAGUUACACAAUUCAGUAUUUCAUAAUGUAUUCCCUUCAGACCUGGGUUAAAAUACUAUUUAACAUCUUUCAAAUAUGUUUAGCAUUUUCUUUAGCCUGCCUGGAGUGCCAGAUAGGCGGGAUUUGCAUUUAUGUGACUACUCUAUUUAAAUUUUUUAAAUUUUUACCAUUUAGCAGACGCUCUUAUCCAGAGCGACUUACAGUUAGUGAGUGCAUACAUUUUCAUACUGGCCCCCCGUGGGAAUCGAACCCACAACCCUGGCGUUGCAAGCACCAUGCUCUACCAACUGAGCUACACGGGACUAUAUUGGUUCCAUUGUGAAAUUAUUUCAUUUUAGUAGGCUAUUUGAAGUUGAACCGAGGUCUGCUUCUAUAACUGGUGGGUCAGUUGUUACUGUUGCUACCACAAUUGCUAGAACCCUUCAUGUUUCAAAAUGUUACUACCACAUUGUUGGGAAGUUCAUGUGAUGUAACGAUGAGUGGACCUCCUAGAAAAACCUAUCUGCUUGAGCUUCUCUUUGUUGAGUUCUAUCGGGGUGUGUUUAUUAUGGAUGUGUUGACCGUGGUCUGGCCACUGCAUGCUGAAAUACCUGUUAUAAUUGUGUCAGUCACCAGCUGAAAUGUCACACAAACGGGAGGACAAGUGAACCAUUUGGGAAGAUGCAGUGUAAUCAGUCACCGCAAUAGUUUUGGAGUACGUUUACAUUUGCUAUCUUACAUAGCCAGGGUUAUGACAGUUGUUUGACAAUAUACUGUAACAGUUGACCGUGGUCCAGGGCCGGCUUGCCCUAUAUGCGGACCACGCACUACGCGUAGGGACCCUUACCGCUAGGGGGCCCCAGACUUAAAAAAGGAGGAAAACACUGUUGAGAGUUUGAAUAGUAGAAUUCCUGCAAAAUUAUUCCAUGCUUUCUUCAUCCUCUAUAGGACAGAAGGCCACAAUCCAACAUGGAUGACCAAUAUUCAGUAUAUCUUCUAUUGCCUGUUCAGCUGAAGCACCAUACUUUACAUAUUGUACAUGUAGCUGUAACGGAUAUGAGUCGGGCUCAUGGAGCGUGAUGAGGUAGGCCUGUCUCACCCUCGGCCCUAGAGAGAGUAUCCUCUGGGUCUCACAGUCAAGGUGUUGAUUUCUCCUAUGGGAGACUCUGGUUCAGAUCCCGCCGUGACAAUAGCCGUACUGAUUUUACCUCCCUGUAAAAUCAACAUGCCCUCCCUGGUGUUCUCCUGUCCCCAGUGCCCAUUCUCCCACAGGAGAGAGGUGAACCUUCACCAGCACAUCAGGAAGGAACAUCUAACAGAGGAGGACAGCAGGAACCUGGACUCUGGAGGAGCUGAGAACUCACUGCCAUCCAGUGAAACAGUAAAGAGCCCCUCAAUCAAGACAACCAAGAAGUACAUCUGCUUUAAAUGUGGGAAGGGUUUCAGAAGCCCAUCGGGCCUGAAACGACAUAAGGGUGUUCACACAGACAUGCAGCCGUUCCAUCGCAACCAGUGUGAGAAAAGAUGAAAAUCGAACGCUAGUCUAAAACGGCACCAACGAGUUCACACAGGAAAAAGGUCUUAUGUUUGCUUACAUUGUGGCAGGGGGUUUAGAAAAUCACAGAUUUUAAAAUUAAAUUUACGCAUUCAUAUAGUGCGCUUGGCACAAUCCUACUUGGGGUGUGUCCUCAAGGAAAAGUAAAUAUACAAAUUGACAAAAAGAAAGCUAAACAGCACAUAGGACUUUUGAAAACAAUAGUGAUUUCUUUGGGAUUUUGAUGGCAGGAAAUAUGCUAAAGCAUUCUGAACAGAUUGGUGAAUGGUUCAAUGUGUGAAUUAGGAUUUAUUAUUCUAGGAGUUAUCAAGGUAGUGGUUAGAGGAGGGGAUGUCUGGCAAACCCAUUUUGCCUUGGGAAUGUCUUCAAUAAAGACUCCAAAUUCGUUAAUGGGAUAAUUUUACAAAUAUGUAACCCAAUCUUAAUGAUUUUAAAACACUGAUUAGAUACUGAACAAAAAUAUAAACGCAAUAAUUUCAUUGAUUUUACUGAAUUACAGUUCAUAUGAGGAAAUCAGUCAAUUGAAAUAAAUGUAUUAGGCCCUAAUCUAUGGAUUUCACAUGACUGGGAAUACAGAUAUGCAUCUGUUGGUCACAGAUACCUUUUUUUUUUUAAUGGGCCUCACAAUGGGCUGCAGGAUCUCGACAAGGUAUUUUGUGCAUUCAAAUUGCCAUAGAUAAAAUGCAAUUGUGUUCAUUGUCCGUAGCUUAUGCCUGACCAUACCAUAACCCCACCGCCACCAUGGGGCACUCUGUUCACAACGCUGACAUCAGCAAACCGCUCGCCCACACGACGCCAUACACAUGGUCUGCGGUUGUGAGGCCGGUUGGACAUACUUCCAAAUUCUCUGAAACAACUUUGGAGGUGGCUUAUGGUAGAGAAAUUAACAUUCAAUUCUCUGGCAACAGCUCUGGUGGACAUUCCUGCAGUCAGCAUGCCAAUUGCACGCUCCCUCAAAACUUGAGACAUCUGAGGCAUUGUGUUGUGUGACAAAAAAGUGGCCUUUUAUUGUCCCCCAGCACAAGGUUCAACUGUGUAAUGAUCAUGCUGUUUAAUCAGCUUCUUGAUAUGCCACACCUAUCAGGUGGAUGGAUUAUCUUGGCAAAUGAGAAAUGCUCACUAACAGGGAUGUAAACAAAUUUGUGCACAAAAUUUGAGAUAGACUUUUAGUGCGUAUGGAACAUUUCUGUGAUCUUUUAUUUUAGCUCAUGAAACAUGAGACCAAAAUUGUACAUGUUGCAUUUAUAUUUUUGUUCAGUGUACUUCCAUGUGCUUUUUACCUGCAGAACCGGCUAGUGACAUGCCCUCCCAGGUCUUCUCCUGCCCCCAGUGCCCAUUCUCCCACAGGAGAGAGGUGAACCUUCAGCAGCACAUCAGGAAGGAACAUCUAACAGAGGAGGACAGCAGGAGCCUGGACUCUGGAGGAGCUGAGAACUCACUGCCAUCCAGUGAAACAGUACAGAGACCCUCAAUCAAGACAACCAAGAAGUACAUCUGCUUUAAAUGUGGGUAGGGUUUCAGAAGCCCAUCGGGCCUGAAACGACAUAAGGGUGUUCACACAGACAUGCAGCCGUUCCAUCGCAACCAGUGUGAGAAAAUAUUCAAAUCGAACGCUAGUCUAAAACGGCACCAACGAGUUCACACAGGAGAAAGGCCUUAUGUUUGCUCACAUUGUGGCAGGGGGUUUAGGACAUCUGAUAUCUUAAAAUCACAUUUACGCAUUCAUACUGGGGAGCGACCCAGUGUACAAUAUGUGGGAAGAGAUUUAUUCAACAGCAUUUACUAACAAGACACAUCAGGAUGCACAGUGGAGAGAAACCAUACUUGUGUAGCAUUUGUGGAAAGACCUUCCCUUGCUCAGGGGAACUGAUUGUACACACAAGGAUCCACACAGGGGAACGACCGUAUCAUUGUGAACAAUGUGGGAACACUUUUAGUCUAGCAAGUAAACUGAAAGUGCAUCAGCGAAGUCAUACAGGCGAACGCCCAUACCCCUGUACACAGUGCCCCAAAGGCUUCUCCACCUCCUACAGACUAGUGAAACGCAUGCGAACUCAUACUGGGGAGAAACCUUACCCAUGUGUAAAGUGUGGUAAAAGAUUCUCUGAAAGGGGAAACAUGAGAAUACAUCAACGAAUGCAUGAAAAAGAGAGAAAAGGUAGACAAAUGUAUAGAUAAACCAACACUAAGUUGUUGAAAUGUUCUUUUGAGAUUCUGCUCUAUAUAGUUCUCUGUGCUACAUUUUCAGGUGAUUAUGACAUGUUUGUUGAUCUUCUAAUUUGUCAUAAUACCAGGUGAUGUAACUUACUUCAGAGAUGAUUGGCAAAAUGUGUGUUCUAAAUAUUGUAAUCAUUCUGUAAAAUUAAAAAGUUAUGUCUGGUUAUAUGCGAACAGAUUUGAUUGCUAACCAGUUGGAAAACUAACAAUGGGCAAAAACACUUAUAAACCACAUUUCUAGUAUAGCAGGACAUCUUAAACAAUACCCUCAAAUGAAAAGUGACAUUCUGUACUUUUGCCUCAUAUUUAUAGUUUGAUCUCAAAUCCAAUUGGGAUAUACUGUAUUGGACUCUUCUUUUUUUCUUCUUUUUUUUUUUUACACACCUGACACCACCUUGUAUCUGUUGUGUUGUUUCCUAUAGACCAGACAUUUCCCCUGCUCUCAUUGUGAAAAACGCUUCAUAAAAAAAAAAUCCCUUAGACGACUCAUGCUUAUUCAUACUGGAGAGAAACCUCAUCCGUGUCUAUGUAGGAAGGGGUUUAAUUUGAGAAUCAAUUAAAAAAACCUCAUAGGCCAUAGUUCAGGUAGUUGUCUUGUUCGAACACAACAUUUAUUCAAAUAUGUUUAUUUUCAGACUCUGUUUGACUCUCGAAGCCUUUUUUAAGUUCUUGGUUGUUUUUUAUUUAAAUAUGGGCUCAACCCCAAUGUAUUUAUUUUUUUACUUUGAUGUGUCCAUUGAUGAAAACCCUGGCCUGGAGAAAUGGACCAUGCAAUCCCCGGAUCCUUGCGACGUCCCAACUCUGACAUUACCCCAUUGAAGUUGACAUUUUAAAUGGUUAAGGUAAGGGUUAAGGUUAGAGUUAGGUAGGGGUUAUGGUUAGGGUAGGGGUUUGGGUUAGGGUUUAGGGUAGGGACGUUCCAAAUAUAUGUGAUAGCACUUACCCUGGAGAAAUGUGUAUGUGAAGGUAGAUAUUUGUAUGAAGGAGUCUAUUUUAACUUUCAUAGUUAGACAUUUGAACAUUCUAGAUAGCUUAGUGCCACUGGAUAGUUCUAUCAAUAUGCUUGUGUCAACUACCAGGGAUACUCACACGCUCUUCCUAAAGGUGUUGUGUCAGUACAUGUGAAAUAGCCUUCAGGAUGGGGAAUUGGAAUUCGAAAUAAAGGAAACUGAAUGGAAUUCAGUGAAAUUCCAACGCUUCAUUCAUGUUACACAUCACCAACAAUACUUAUGUUGAUGCCAAUUAUCUAUUGUAACAACUUUCUAAAUACUUCAAUACAUUUCAUUUUCAAAACAUACUGUAGCACCCUGUUGCCUGUUACUGUUGCCCACCCAGGACUCGAACCCAGGUCCAGCGGAUCCAAACCUCUAGACAAGGUCGCUAAGUGUUGGUUCAAGGUCGCUACAUUACCUCCUUCCUUCGGGAGAGUGUGUCCCCACGCUUCUAUAUACCAUGUUCCUCAUGUGUGCACACCUCUCUGAUGGCAUCACUGGCACUAUCCCACUUCUGACACCAAUGUAGCGAAUUCGGGAGGGUAGCCCCGACCGGGACUCGGACCCGGGUCCAGCGACUGUCAAUUAUUAUUUUAUUUUUUUGCAGUAGUCUUAAUCGAAUCUGGGUGGCUUGAUCCAAAGGCAAACAAUACUCAUGUUGUUUUAACCCAGGUCUGAUUCAUGUUCUGGUCUCUCAGACAUGCCAAAUCGACCCCUAAACACUAUGCACUUGUGGAGAUCUGAGAGGAUUUAGCUCCACCUUGCCUUCUGAUAGGCUAGGUGGAAGUUUCACCAUACUGUGUAUACCAAUCAACUCCUGUCAGAUCUUCACACGUGCAUAGGGAGUAGUACUUGGGGUUCGAUUUGGGAUUGGUCCAUAGCUCUCAGAAAAUGACUUUUAUUCUGAUGAGUUGAAACCUGUUCCAGGUGCACACAGAUCACCGGGUGCACCACUCUUCAGAAGUUGGAGCAUAUCCGCCGGACGGUGGUGUGUGGCCACUGCUCAUACUCUCAAAAUGUCGACGGCCGGAGAAGACACGUUUCCGAGGUGAGCAGGAUGAUUAUGAGUUGGAGUUACGUUGGGAUGCCACCAGGCCGCAAGCACAGUCGGGAGAAGAGGAAUAUUGGGACGGACACAGAAAGAAGGAUUGCUGAGGAGGAAUGGAGGAGAGGAAAUAGGAAGAAGAGGUCGAAGAGAAUGAGGAAAGCAGAGGUUGGAUUAGAAUUUGAGGAAGAUGGCGAUAAAAAUGGAGAUGGAGUGUCGAAGAAGAUUGGUGUCAAGUGCAAACAGAGUGAGCCGUGCGCCAGACCGAGUUCUGGAGGUGGAAUGGAAGUGAAUGAGGGCGAGUUAAAUGAGGUGGAAGGUGUGAUGAAGAGCUCAGAACCCAAGCCUGGCAUCAAUGGACAUGAUAAAGAAGUAGGAGUGACAUUUUUAGAGAAAGUGGAUCCUUGCCUUUUGCCAGAUCCAUGUGUGGUUUCAGGGUGGGUGGGAAAGGAGUUGGGUGCAGUUGAAUCAGUGUAGGUAACCUGUAGUGGACAUAUGAUAUUUGUGUUUUUUCUGACCAGAGGGAGCGGGCACUCCGUGUCACGUAACUUGGGUCAAGAUCUGUUUCUUGCUUUGCUCUUAGGAACAGGGCAUCAUUGAAAGGAAUGAUUUCUAGGGUAGCGUUGUGGGGAGAAGGAGCAAUUGAAGUUUUCUGGUGUUUGUGACGCCCGCAGUUUGGUGCAGCGAAGACCUGGUGGGGAGCAUGGUGAAACAGAGGAGUCACUGUCAGUCCUUUUGAGUUUUGAGUCAAAGUCUUUACAGACAAAGCCAUGUUAGGAUAUAUCAGUUAUCCUGUUAGAGCUUUUGUGCCGAAUCCACCAUUUAUGGUCAUGCCGCAGCAGGUUGUAGCAGGGAGAUUCCAAGAUGUGGGAAGUGUGCAGGAGGGCAUGGGAUAGAGGAUUGUGGAGUUUCGUGGAUAAAGAUGUGUGUGUAGAUCUGUGCCAGCACAGAGGGAUAGGCCAACGUUUGAUAUAUGCUUCAGUAAGGUUGGCUUCUUAGCAUUCAUAUCAAUGUUUAUCAACUGUACCACAGAAAUGGAAUGUAAAUCACAGAAAAAAAGAUGUUGUGGUGGCAGCUGCAGAGAAGUAUUUGGGUAUAUUUUACUUCAGCAGAGUUACAGGGUGUGUAGGGUUAGUUGAAUGGUGGUGUUCGGUCCUCCCAGGCCAUUGGAAUGGUGCAGGAGCAGAUAGGGUCAAAGUAGUGGAAUGGGGUAGAGGGUUUUUAAUGAGUGUAGGGUUAGUUGGAAGGGUGUUUCUUUUAAAAUAUAUAUAUAUACAGUACCAGUCAAAAGUUUGGACACACCUACUCAUUCAAGGGUUUUUCCUUUAUUUUUACUAUUUUCUACAUUGUAGAAUAAUAGUGAAGACAUCAAAACUAUGAAAUAACACAUAUGGAAUCAUUUAGUAACCAAAAAUAUAUUUUUAGUAGCCACCCUUUGCCUUGAUGACAGCUUUGCACACUCUUGGCAUUCUCUCAACCAGCUUCAGGAGGAAUGCUUUUCCAACAGUCUUGAAGGAGUUCCCACAUAUGCUGAGCACUUGUUGGCUGCUUUUCCUUCCCUCUGCGGUCCAACUCAUCCCAAACCAUCUCAAUUGGAUUGAGGUCAUCUGAUGCAGCACUCCAUCACUCUCCUUGGUCACAUAGCCCUUACACAGCCUGGAGGUGUGUUUUGGGUCAUUGUCCUGUUGGAAAACAAAUUAUAGUCCCACUAACCGCAAACCAGAUGGGAUCAAUCUGAGGUGCAGUUAACUCUAAUUAACUUAUCCUCUGCAGCAGAGGUAACUCUGGGUCUUCCUUUCCUGUGGCAGUCCUCAUGAGAGCCAGUUUCAUCUGCCAAUAAAAAUAGAAGAUUAAAGAUGGGCAGUCUGAGAUAUGGCUCCAGAUACUCAACUAGUCUCAAGAAGGCCAGUUUUAUUGCUUCUUUAAUCAGCACAACAGUUUUCAGCUGUGCUAACAUAAUUGCAAAAGGGUUUUCUAAUGAUCAAUUAGCCUUUUAAAAUGAUAAACUUGGAUUAGAAAACACAACGUGCCAUUGGAACACAGGACUGAUGGUUGCUGAUAAUGGGCCUCUGUCCGCCUAUAUAGAUAUUCCAUUAAAAAUCCGCCGUUUCCAGCUACAAUAGCCAUUUACAACAUUAACAAUGUCUACACUGUGUUUCUGAUCAAUUUGAUGUUAUUUUAAUGGACAAAAAAUGUGCUUUUCUUUCGAAAACAAGGACAUUUCUAAGUGACCCCAAACUUUUGAACGGUAGUGUAUAUAUAUAUUGUGUAUGAAAGUAUAAUGAAUGUAUAUUAUAGUCCAGUUUGGUGCGUUAAUGCCAACCGCUGUUAAACUCAGUAAAAGCGGAAGUAAAAGUUUGACCUAUAACGUCAUAUUUAAACGACGACCGUGAAUGUUCGGUUAUUUUGUUUCUUAUGUAGCUGGAUAGCUAGAUAGCUAACCAGCUUGUGAUAUUUUUGGAAAAUGGCUGAAUCGUUUGAAGAACGUCUCGUAAAAGCAGUCAAAGAGCAUACGCACUUGUAUGAUACCUCAAUGCGUUUACAUUUCGACAAAGAGGCUCUCGAACACAGUUGGCGCGAAAUUGCUACAUAUUUAAACUCCGAUCCAGAUACCUGCAGGAAGAAAUGGAGACUUGCGAGGGACCGUCAUGUGAGAGCACUGAAAAAGUCUAAGGAUAUGCCAGAGGGUGUACCGAGGCCUGGAAUUCUGAGUUGGCUCACCAUUUUUAUCAAACAUCGGCAAACCAACCCAAACUUUCCCGAGGUAGCUAGUUAGCUAAGAAACUGAAAAUGUAUGGCUACAGUACCUAGUUGCCAGACCUGACUUGUAGACUGGUAAUUAUCGGUUUUAUGAAAGAUUAUCUAAUAAUUCGACUGAAGAAACCACUAUUUCUGGCACUGGGUUCGCAGUUAAAAUGAGUACAAUAUCAACACCAGCAACAGAGGACGCACAUAAAUCAGUACGAGAUUGCGGAGAUUCAUGUAAAAUGUUGUUGUUGAAAACGUUAAACAAUUAGUCAUGUGUUUAUGGCAAUCGGGCCUUAAUUAGAAUAUAUAUGACAGUGACAAUGAUUAAUUUAGUCAUAAAAUGAGAAAGUAAUGUUUUAAUGAAUUUGCAACAGCCUUACUGUUAAUAUCUUCAAGAUUUGCAAUUACUGCCUCAUGUUUUGAUUGUUUCUAUAGAUUUCAGCAAACAGAGUUGAGAGUCCUAAUAGCAAACUGGAUCAAACUCCCAUGUUUUCAGACCAGGCAGGUAAGCCAAUAAUAGUGUUGUGUAGUUGGCUACAGGUAUUGUGUAGUUGGCUACUGACACAAUCCUUAUGUUUCCAUACUGGCUCCUUUUUUAUUUUACUGUAGGUCCACGGUUACCUUUAUCUUCUUUCCGUCUCCUGGUUCCUCCUCUACGCCUGAUGUCAGCUUUCAUGUGGCAAGUGGCUCAAGAGCGUAAUGUGAUGCAGUAUGGGAAGCUGGAGGAGUUUGUGACUUUGGUGACAGAGAUGGUUCCAGAGCUGCUGAGCUCCAGGCAGAGGACCCAACUCAUCCUGGGACUGAGAGCAAGGGUGAGAAGUGGGAGGGUGGAGAAGGAGUAGAGGCAUGGAUGUAAAGAAAGAAUAAUUGUCAUUGGACUAAGACCCUCAUAAAAUCUGCUUUCAGAUGGUUUUAGAGUUGUUUCGCAAUGAAAACCCACCGGAACCCCAGACCAUCCAACUUCAUUUGGACAGAAUCAGAACUUCUUCAGUACAUGCUGUGCACGUGGAUGUAUGUAACUUUCAGUGUCAAAAGUAGUCUGGAUGCUGUGGAAUAGAGGGAGCUUAUAUUGUGUUUCUGUUAAAGCUGAUUUUAUCAUUCAUUUUACAUGCCCAGUCACAGAGUAGAAAUGAGUUGGAGGCUUCGGAGUCUAACUUCGUGGAACUUGUCAAAACCCUGUUGGAAGACCCUUCUGAGAAGAAGCACUUCUUCCAGGUGGGAAAUAUCCUAAUAAAUCAUAGUUGUUGCUUUCAGAGUCAAUAGGACAGCAUGUUCCAGCAAUGUAAAACUCAGUAGUGAAAUGUUGCUUGUUUUACUAUAACUGAUGAAAGACCAUACAAAAUGAACAACCCAUCAAGGUGUUGGCUCGGCCUACUCUUGUUUUAUUUCUCUCUCUCUCAGGUGGUGUUCCCAAUACGUUACGGCCCUCGGUAUGACACAGCACUGCAGAUACUGGUGUGGGAGUUCCUCUCCCGGCUGGAGGAGCUGCUGCCUGUACCAGACCUUACAGAGGUACAGGCUCAAUAUCUUAAUAGCAUGAAAUCUUUAGAGAUGGUCAGGCUUGUCAUGUUAUUUCUUCAGUAUCACAUGCUUAGGGAUGUCACUAACAAUUUUAGUAAUGACACUGUAUAAUGUCCAGUCUUUGGGUACAAAGCUACUUGUUCAUGACUGUCCUUUUGGUCAACUCAAGUUGAAUCCUAUAUGAUUAAUGUAGACACACAGGAGAGGAGUGCUUCUUUGAUUCAAGACCAUGGUGCUUGCCUACGGCGCAGCAAGGGGAACUGCACCUCUUCACCUUCAGGCUAUGCUCAAACCCUACAUCCCAACCUGAGCACUCCAUUCCGCCACCUCUGGUCUCUUGGCCUCACGCCCCUGCUUGAGGGCAGCUCCCGCUCAACCCAGUCAAAGCUCUUCUCUGUCCUGGCACCCCAAUGAUGCACCCCCCCCACCCCAAUUGUAUUUUUAUUUUUCCACUAGCACUGACUUUGCUGAUAAAUACUUUGAGGGAAAAUAUACUUGAUACAAUUGUGAUGUGUUGUUGUCUCACCAAGCUAUCUUAAGAUGAAUGCACUAACUGUAAGGCACUCUGGAUAAGAGCGUCUGCUAAAUUACUAAAAUGUACAUUUAUAGUUGAUGCUGGAUAGUAAACAAUGCCGUAAAAGCCUUUGUGCAAACACAUUUCCAGAAGUAAUCAAGGCACUCCUGUAGUGGAAAUAUUAAAAGCCUUUGUUUUACGGCUUAUGCAUGGCAGAAUAUAUUUUUUUUUAAACACCCACCUAUAUGAUUAAUGUUCUGUGAGCUAGAGCUGCAGAAACCUUUUUAAUGUUCCUUUUAUCCUCAGACAGCAUCUAGUCUCAGCAUUGCCCCCUCUGACCUGGAGGAGUUCUGGCAUUCUGUCUCUGACCCAGAGCACAUGAAGACACUGCUGCAGCAUCAUAGACAUCUGGGACACUUGAGCAAAAGUUAGUCUUAAUAAGAGGAUAUCAACCAUGUUAGCCAUGUGCUCUUCUGUGAAUUAGUUAAUUGCAUUUUUCCGUUUCCUUUCCUGAGAUGAAAAUUCUCUCUUCCUUCCUCCAGAUAAAUUCUCCAACCAGGUCGCAGACAACAUCUUGUCCACAUUGUCAAUUCCUCAAAUUCACGGCCUGAAGUCAAGUCUCGAUGGACAUGAAGGCAUGAAAGGGUGCACAGAGGGGUGGAAGAUCAACAGUGAGGAAGACCAAGAGGAAGGAGUAGAGUUGCAUUGUGAAAAUAACUUGGAGGAGGAUGAUGAUGAUGGAAGUGAGAGAAAUGAAGACCCUGAGAGAGGAUUGAAGGAUGAAGAUGACGCAAACUGGACCUCCCCUCUGAGUGAACCAGAGGACUCGGAUGGUAAGGAGAUUCAUAAUGAUACAGUCCGUUUCCACCAUGUAUUUUGAAGUGAUUUGUAAAAGCCUGACUUGUUACAUUACCUACAGAUAUUUUUUAUGUUUUUUUUUUACGCUCCUUGACUUUCAGUUGAAAAAUCAGGAAGUGCUUCACACCACUGUCAAAUUUUACACUUAGGAUCAUGAAUUACAGAGGUUGAUAUCAGUUCCUAAUUAUAACACCUUAAAACAUAGUGGCUGUGUAUAUUGUUUUGGAGAAGGACAUUUUCGUGCUUUUGAGAGCACCGCACUGAAGGCUGUUUCCAACAAUGGCCGUCACCGCUAGGGGAACCAUUCAUUUCAAUGGGAUGUUGGUUGGCAAGCGACGUUAACUGGAAGAUGCUGAAAAUUGCUAAAUAAUUAGCUAAUGAACUUAAAAACUGUCUGGAUGAAUCAACAAUAUAGCUGUCCCAAAAUCACAAUAAGUUGGCACUCGGGAGGUCCAGGAAUCAUUUGGGUCAGGCAUCGUUUGCCCUUCGCAUAUGUUUUAUAGAGAGAAUCAUGGUACCAAACGCUCCAGGAUCCGGGUCAUAUAAGGAUAUGUUAACGCAUCUUCAUUUUUGUAUGUCUGCUCUCUUGUGCUUUCUGCCUGUAGAACUGGCUAGUGACAUGCCCUCCCAGGUCUUCUCCUGCCCCCAGUGCCCAUUCUCCCACAGGGAAAUGGUGGACCUUCACCAGCACAUCAGGAAGGAACAUUUAACAGAGGAGGACAGCAGGAGCCUGGACUCUGGAGGAGCUGAGAACUCACUGCCAUCCAGUGAAACAGUACAGAGCUCCUCAGCCAAGAGGAUCAAUAAGAACACCUGCAAACAGUGCGGGAAGGGUUUCAGAUGCACAACUGACCUGAAACGACACCAAAGUAUUCACACAAGUGUGCAGCCGUUCCGUUGCAACCAGUGUGAGAAGAGAUUCAAAUCGGAGAGAUAUCUACAACUGCACAAGAAGAGUCACGACGUUGAACCGAUGCACAGGCCUAUUUGCCAACACUGUGGCAAGAGUUACACAAGUGCAGCAGUCCUCAAAAUACACAUACGCACACACACCGGGGAGCGGCCUUACUCCUGCUCAGUCUGUGGGAAGAAGUUCAAUCAAAAGCACACAUUAGUUAGACACCUCCGGAUGCACAAAGGGGAUAGACCAUACCUGUGUAGCGUAUGUGGGAAGGCUUUCUUUGUGUCCGGGGAACUCUUAGUGCACAUGCGUUUUCACACAGGGGAACGACCUUACCGUUGUAAACCGUGUGGAAAGGCUUUCAGCACGUCAUGCGCUCUCACGUCGCAUAAGCGAUGGCACUCAAACGAGCGCCCAUUCACCUGCUCCCUUUGUUCAAAGGGCUUUGCAGAAACUAGUGGCCUUAAAAGACACAUGUUUAUUCAUACUGAGGAGAAGCCCCAUUACUGCCACACGUGUGGGAAAGGAUUUAGUCAGUUGAGCAACAUGAGAAUACAUUUGAAAACUCAUAAGAAAUAA